ACGGUUUUAGAGCCACUGGCCAUUCAAACUGAAAUUCAAAUAUAAAACAAUGUUUUUUUUGAGUUGUUUAUUCACAAAUUUCUCUUUGCAAUCCCAUGUGCUUCGAUCAAAUGAUCAUUAGAUAUGAGAAAUCACCCCUAAGCCUAGACAAUGGCCGCCGAAAAGAAGAAACACCCGCCAAAAAAGAAGUCACAGGAGAAAAAGAGUACAAAAUCAAAACAGAGUGCUUUAAAUGACAAUCUGCCCAAGAUAUGUUUUGGCAUAGCGAUUUCCGAUCUGCUGCACGCGUUAUAUUUUACUGUUCAAGCAAUGAUUCUUCUGGUUCAACAGUUUAGCGUGUUUGCUAUGUUGGCGCUUUUGGGUGUCAUUUUCUGGGUUAUAAUUGUCAUCUUGCUGAUGGUUGGCCUUUUCAAGCGCAAGCCAGUUUUCGUUAGAUAUUGGCUUAUAUUUUCCUUAGUCGGCUUUAUCACCGAUAUUCUAUUUCUACUCUGGGGCAUUGCGACUUCAAUAACCGUGGAUUGGGAUCGACUUCAGGAGUUUUCACUAAUAUUCCUUGGUAUAUUUAUUGAAAGCACUUGCAUAUAUAUCAUACAUCGGUAUUACCAGAUUAUGGAUGAAUCAAAAAAGAAGCGGACCUUAUGCUGUGGCGGCAAAGAUGACAAGAAAAAGUCGAGCAAGAGCCCCAAAAAGAAGAAAGCCAAAAAAUAAGACCAAAUGCUACUCUUAAACUUUAGUUGGCUUUGUUUUUCCACCCCAAAUAAAAUAUAUUUUUAUUAAAUUGCUUAAAA